UGAGGGUGGGGGCCCAUGGACGCCUUGGGGCACACUCACUCCUCCGUUUCGCCGGGGCUCCAUCCCUCUCCUUUGUUCGCCCGGUGCUUUCAGCGCCACUUUCUCAGGAUUCAAACGAAAAGGCUUCACUUCCUCGAAAAAAAUCGGGGUUUUUCGAGUUUGAGGUAGUUAGUCUUCGCGGGAAAUAUGACGGUGCUAGGGAGACGUGGAACUGUUACUGCUUGUGUUCGUGGAUCAGACUCGAUGGGUCCUGGCUUGCCUCUGUGAGAGGCGGUUACCACCCACUUCUUUGUUGCUCUUUGUUCGAUCAGGAAAUACACCCUGCUUUGGAGGUUUAGGAGAGCAUUGGCAUCUUGCUUGUGAAAGCUGUUACUAGGUGGUGGGAGUUUGGGUGUAGGAAAACUUUGAGGAGUCGUGCGGAAAGUGCUGAAUAAUCAGGUGAUAUUGGGAAUUAUUAUUAUGGACAGGGUCAUCCCAUGAAACCUCAUAGAAUCCGCAUGACCCACAACUUGCUGCUAAAUUAUGGCUUAUAUAGAAAAAUGGAAAUAUAUAGGCCCCAUAAAGCCACUGCUGAGGAAAUGACAAAAUACCACAGUGAUGAGUACAUCAAAUUUCUACGUUCAAUAAGACCCGAUAAUAUGUCUGAGUAUAGUAAGCAGAUGCAGAGAUUUAAUGUUGGAGAGGAUUGUCCAGUGUUUGAUGGACUCUUUGAGUUUUGUCAGCUCUCAACUGGUGGCUCAGUUGCUGGAGCUGUGAAGUUAAACCGACAACAAACUGAUAUGGCUGUUAACUGGGCUGGAGGAUUACAUCAUGCUAAGAAAUCAGAAGCAUCAGGAUUCUGUUAUGUUAAUGAUAUUGUACUUGCCAUCCUUGAGUUACUAAAGUAUCAUCAAAGAGUCUUAUAUAUUGAUAUUGACAUCCAUCAUGGUGAUGGUGUCGAAGAAGCUUUUUAUACCACAGAUCGUGUAAUGACUGUAUCAUUCCAUAAGUAUGGGGAAUACUUUCCCGGAACAGGAGAUUUGCGGGAUAUUGGUGCUGGAAAAGGCAAAUACUAUGCUGUCAAUUUUCCAAUGAGAGAUGGUAUAGAUGAUGAGUCCUAUGGGCAGAUUUUUAAGCCUAUUAUCUCGAAAGUGAUGGAAAUGUAUCAACCUAGUGCUGUGGUGCUACAGUGUGGUGCUGACUCACUAUCUGGUGAUAGGCUUGGUUGCUUCAAUUUGACAGUCAAAGGUCAUGCUAAAUGUGUAGAAGUUGUAAAAACUUUCAAUUUACCGUUACUGAUGCUUGGGGGAGGUGGAUACACAAUUCGUAAUGUUGCUCGAUGUUGGACAUACGAGACUGCAGUUGCCCUUGAUUGUGAGAUUCCCAAUGAAUUGCCAUAUAAUGAUUACUUUGAGUAUUUUGGCCCGGACUUCAAACUGCAUAUUAGUCCUUCAAACAUGACAAACCAGAAUACUCCCGAAUAUAUGGAAAAGAUAAAACAGCGCUUAUUUGAAAAUUUACGCAUGUUACCUCAUGCACCUGGCGUCCAGAUGCAAGCUAUUCCAGAAGAUGCUGUUCAUGAAGACAGCGGAGAUGAAGAUGGAGAAGAUCCAGACAAGAGAAUUUCUAUUCGAGCGUCUGACAAACGGAUAGCUUGUGAUGAAGAAUUCUCAGACUCUGAGGAUGAAGGAGAAGGAGGGCGUAGAAAUGUGGCUGAUCAUAAGAAAGGAGCAAAGAAAGCUAGAAUUGAAGAAGACAAGAAGGAAACAGAGGACAAAAAAGCAGAUGUUAAGGAAGAAGAUAAAUCCAAGGACAGUAGUGGUGAAAAAACAGAUACCAAAGGAGCCAAAUCAGAACAGCUCAGCAACCCUUGAAUUUGAGUGUCUCACCAAUUUCAGAAACCAUAAAAGAGUGAGAAAAUAUCGGGAAGAAAAAUUUUUUCUUUUUGAAGACUUCUGGCUUCAUUUUAUACUACUUUGGCAUGGACUGUAUUUAUUUUCAAAAUGGCUUUUUUUGUUUUUGUUUUUCUUGGCAAGUUUUAUUGUGAGUUUUCUAAUUAUGAAGCAAAAUUUCUUUCUCCACCAUGCUUUAUGUGAUAGUAUUUAAAAUUGAUGUGAGUUAUUAUGUCAAAAAACUGAUCUAUUAAAGAAGUAAUUGGCCUUUCUGAGCUGAUUUUUCCAUCUUUUGUAAUUAUCUUUAUUAAAAAAUUGUACUUGGA